UAUAAAACAAACAAACGUACUUAUCCACGACAAGUCGAAGACACGCAAUCCGGUCAUUCGAUAGUAACAGCUCAUCGAAAACAUCAGUGUUACCGGAGUGGAGAAGAUAUGGAAAGGACGAGAAACGUAGUGGCAUUGCUAGGACUGAUUCUGUUCCUCAAAACAUCGAACGUCGAGGGCGACGUCGACGGACAUUCGUAUCCAAGAUAUUCUCAAUCUCAUCAUAGGCAAAAGAGACUGCUUUGGGUAACUAAUGACGGUCGAAUUGCUUUACCGCCAGGCACGAUAAUGACCAUAACUCCGACACUAGCGUUGCCAUUUGUUAGAUAUCCGCCCUAUGGUUUUCUCAGCAACAUGACCAUCAGUCUUCCUUUUACUAUCGAUUUCGACAAGCUUGGUCUGACUGACAACGAAAACCCUUACGGGGUUUUACCAUCAGCAUUCGACUCUACCGGGAGGGAUCAAGGUUCGAGCACGGCGGAAUUUAUGGCGGCGUUUGUAAAGCGUAGUUUUAGUAAAAGAGAAGCGAUUACAGAUUUACCAGAAAACAACGCGUUUCGCGGAGGCGAAAGAGCACUGUUAUAUAGUACGGCCGAGGAUAUGCUUGUGAAUUUCGGCUUGAACGGAAAAGCGUGUCUCCUAAGAGCGAUCUGCGAGGUCCAAGGUCAUCCUUUAAGUAAUUUCGGUCUAAUUGGGGAAAUGCUCAAGCUCUUUUUCACAGCAAGCAAAUCACCGUUCGCGAAUCUUUUAACGGACUACGUCGAAGCUGAAAACCGAGGAAAGUUCCAUGGAGAAUGUUGGCCUUAUUUCAAAGAUUGUCCAAAGUCGUUGUUCCGUCCAUCAGAGAACAGAUACACAAAAGAUGCUUUUCACAAGGGUACCGACAGCGUUGAAACGAUCGAGCGAGGGCAGAAGAAGGGGCAACUUCCUGGAUAUACGAAACGCUUGUUACACCCUUCUAUGUAAAUAUAUCCAAGCGACUAUACAAAUCAAAGGAAGCAUCGUUGAAAAGCAAAACAAAAGUUACGCGGUCGACUCGUCAGGAACCUAAAUUCAUGUGCAUUUCACGUUUUAUUGGCCUCUGUGACCAAUGUUACACGCAAACAUACACGCGACUCUCUAUCGCCAUAUUAUUUUCUAGUAAUAUUAUC